AUGGCUAAAUUUGGUAUCGCGGCGAUAGAUGAUUGGUUGAUCUGGAAGGAAUGGGGCUUGUGGGGGUGUAGAGAUAAAGAUUUCUGCUUAUCCAAUAAAAUAAUGAACGUACAGCUAUACAUUUAUGAUCUGUCGAAAGGCCUAGCUCGCAACUUAUCGGGGGCCCUCUUAGGAGUCCAAAUUGACGCUAUCUAUCAUACUUCGGUCGUUUUCGAGGGUAUUGAAUAUACCUACGAUGGAGGCGUCAAGACGGCGUACGAUCUCUGGAAACACAACUGCAAUAAUUUCUCGAACGAUUUUGCCACCUUUCUGGUUGGCAAGGGAAUCCCCGAGUAUAUUACGAAUCUCCCAGAAACUGUACUCAACACUCCCUUUGGCAGAAUGAUACAACCACACUUCAAUGACUACGUCACCUUGAAUAGUAUGAAUAAUGGCGGACUUUUGGGUAUACAAAGCUCGGAGGAUCCGCAGCAGCAAGCAUCGAUGUCCCAGGUUCGACAUGUGACCACAUCUACCGAGUUGGAUAAUCUUUUGAAAUCAGCCAAGAAGAAAUGCGCAGUCAUCUUCUUUACCUCUCGUAAUUGCGCUCCUUGCAAACCUUUAUACCCUGUAUUUGAGCAACUUGCAAAGGAUGCCGGACGCAAAGCCAUCCUCAUAAUGGUUGAUAUCUCCAGGUCGUAUGAGAUUGCCACGAAAUACAGUGUUACUACUACGCCUUCCUUUGCGACUUACUUACAAGGCGAGGAGGAGAAACGUUGGGCGGGAGGAGAUGUAGCGUCCCUUCGAGCAAACGUAGGGUUACUUGUACAAAUGGCAUUCCCACCUCAUGCACACGAGUCUUUACGUUUACCAGCACUUCGAGCCCCAGAUAUGCUGCCAGUUAUCUAUACUAAAGUCCCACCACUUGAGAAACUCAAAGCAAAGAUGGGACCUGCUGCUGAGGUUCCAGCAGUCAAAGGAGUUCUUCACUUUGUCUCAGAAGGGCAAUCAAAACCUGCAGCAGAGACGCAUCUGCCAGAUUUAGAUGCUUUUAGUUGGUUUCUCCGCGAAGCUCCCUCCAAAUUACCUACUGAAAUUAUGUUCACAAUCGUUGACCUUCUUCGAUGUGCUCUUGUGGACCCCAGACUUAGUGGUUACUAUGCCGAGGAAAGCAACCACAAAACUAUUGCUCCUCUAUUCACAUAUGUUGAUAGUCUCAAGGACUGCCCUUACUCACUUCGUUUAGUCGCACUUCAAGCAGGUUGCAAUCUCUUUACAAGUCCCCUGUAUCCUCAACACAUCCUCGGCUGUCCGACUCUUACCAAUCCACUUGUUCAACUAAUCACUACCUCUCUACUUAAUGAUGCACAUCAUAAUGUUCGUGUCGCAGCCGCAAGCCUUGCAUUCAAUAUGGCAUUUGCAAACUCCAGUCUUCGCAUAGAAGACCAUAAAGAAGUAUUACCAGAAAGUGAGCAAAUAGAACUCGCUGCUUCAUUACUAGAAGCUAUACAAGAAGAAAAAGAAUCCCCGGAAGCUUUAAAGGGAUAUUUAUUGGCGUUUGGUCAUUUGGUGUUUGGAAGCCCGAAAGGUGGAGAGUUGGUGGAUUUACUGAAAAGUAUGGAUGCUCAGAAGACUAUAAUGGACAAGGCCAAAGCAUUUCCAAAAGAAACUUUAAUUAAAGAGAUAGGACAGGAGUUACUGGGAAAGGGAUUGGAAUAG